CAUUUUAGUCUUCAUCAACACACAAGGAGAGACACCAGAGUGAAGCAGCUGAGAGGAGGACAGAAGAUCACACUGAAAUAUCAGUUUCAUCUAACAGAGCAAAGAUGCAGUGGAGUCUGUUUCUGCUCCUUCUGAUGGGUCAGUGUUCCUUCUUCAUGUGUCACCUCCAUGAGUACCACUUUGUUGAAGAGAAGAAGAACUGGACUGAAGCCCAGCAGUACUGCAGAGAGCAUCACACUGACCUGGCCACAGUGUCUGACAUGACAGACAUGGAGAGACUCCGUGACUCUGCACAGAAUCAAGAUGGAGCCUGGAUUGGGCUUUACAGCGACCCUGAAAGAAAUAAGAGAGGGAUGUGGCACUGGCAGUGGUCUCUGCCAGGGCUGGAGUCCAGGUAUAGGGAGAGCAGAUGGCAUAAAGGACAGCCGAAUAAUUACCGUUCUACAAAUGAGAAAUGUGUGCUGAUGGACAAUCACACAUGGAAGGAUGUCCGUUGUUGUAGUUAUCAUAAAUGUAUCUGCUAUGAUGAAAGGAGGCAAUCCAACAAGAGAUUCCAUCUGAUUGAAGACAAGAUGAGCUGGCCACAGGCUCAGAACUACUGCAGAGAACAUCACACUGACCUGGUCAGUGGAGACCAACAGUUAGAGGACAACGAAUUCAAGAGAGAGUAUAAGUCAAACAAGUACGUGUGGAUCGGCCUGUUCAGAGACUCCUGGAGGUGGUCAGAUGGGAGCAGUUUCUCUUUCAGAUACAGGGGUCCACAGUUUAACGAUGACUCAGGCAGUGAGAGAUGUGCUGUGACCAUGCUGAAUGAUGGAGGCAGAUGGAGGGAUGAAAACUGUGAUGAGAAAAAACCCUUCUUCUGCUAUGGUGAUAAAGUGAUCCCGACCAAUGAGAGCGAGACCUCAGAGGACGCCUUAUAUUACUGCGGAGAGAACUAACCAACCCUGAUGAGCAGCAAUGGGUCCAAGAGAAAGCCAAGAAGGCCAACAGGCCCUACGUCUGGCUGGAGGAGAACUUAAGUGGUUCAAAAAGAAUGACAAUGAGAAGUUUAAUUUCAUCUGUUCUACGUGCCAAACCCUCUAUACUCACUGUUAGCAGGCCAUUGAUUCAUUUACUCACUUUGUUUGCAGUGCUGUGUUACUUUUGGAAACAUUUACACUAUAAGAUGUGUUUGUUGAACAGCAUUCUGGGACAUGUAGUAAUCCCAACCUGAGGGGGAGAGAUGUGAAAUCACCAGCAGACUUUUUAACAGCAGAUUUAAAUAGAGAGAAAGUAGCUACAUUGAAGUCAGUCUCAAAGCAGCAUCAAAUUACUGAGGAUGUGACCCUGUGAUGGGUUUUUCUGUCUCUUUAUUCUGAUUCAACAACACCUGAGUUAUCAAUAUUUGUCAUUUUCUGAGCUUGUUGUUGUUAUAUUUUAUUUCUCUAUCUUUAAUUCAUCUUUUGAGGUUGUAUUUAGUUUUCUGUAUAAUUCACAGUGUGUAUGGUCGACAUCUUUAUGGUAGGAACUGGAAUGAAUACACCAGUCUACAGUGUACUGGUUUGAUUUUGCUCUCAUGUAUUGAAAUAUGGAACAUUUUACUGUCUUUAUUUAGGUUUUGAGAAGUGAUGGCCAAAUGAAGCCUCAUGAACCACUGUCUUUAUUUUCUGAAGCCACCAGAUGGCGCCGUCUGUUCAACAAAGGUUUGAACAUUGCAAGUCCUUCAGCCUUUAUCUUUAAACCAAGAUCGCCAUAUGGUGGGGUCAGAAAAUAAAGAAAUUGGUCCAUGAGGCUUCAUUUGGCCAUCACUAGUUUUGAUCUAGUUGGUUUUAUUAUGUAAAAUCUUUGUUUUUAAUAAUCACGUUUUUGGAGUUUUGUGUAAACAGAGAAUUGUUUUCUCUGAGCUUGAAUAAACUGUUCAAAGACA